AUGGUUCCUUCUGCAUCCAAGUGUAUCACCUGGAAUGUUAUUUUUGCAGCCGAGAUUGUUGCCAUAGUAACAGUGAACCUCCUUUCAAUCAUCCUUUUUAUAAAGACCAGAAGCCUUCGCACUCCCAGUAUGUACUUGGUUAUAAGCUUAACCGUGGCGGACAUGUUGGUUGGAGGACUUUCUGGAGCUUUUAAACAAGUGCUCAUCCUACAGGAAUGUCACUUCGUACAAUUUCCUUUUCAAAAGGGAAGUUGUAAUAACACUUCUUUUUUUCUUCCCUCUAGUCUCCCUGACAAACAUUGCUAUGAUUUCUUUAGAGCGAGUGCACGCCACGUUUCGUCCAAUAGAGCACCGGACGAUCAGGAAAUGGGUCUACGUGGUAGCAAUUGCUGUUGUUUGGGUUCUCCCUGUUAUCACAUCAGUCACCUCGAUGGUAGUUCUCCUUAUGACAGGAUAUUACCUUUUCUUUUAUGGAUUUCAUUGCUGUUUGUGUUUAUUUGUUAUCUGUGUUUCUUACAUCGCAAUUUUAAUUAAGUUUCGUUGUGGAGCACAUCCUCUGCGCCAUUUUGCAACUUCUUCAAAACAAAGAAAACUGACUGUAACAUUGUUUAUAACGACUUUAGUAUCUUUACUGCUGUGGUUACCAUAUCAUAUACUUGUUAUCGUUAACCUGAAAACUAGUGGUCUUCCUAGGUCAUUUCCUCGACUAGUAGCUGUACGUUUGGGUUAUUCAUUGUUUGUUUUGUUUUACGCAAACUCCCUUGUAAAUCCUGUUCUAUACACAAUCAGGAUUCCGGACUUUAAAAGAGCCUUUUUCUCAUUGUUUAGACGUCAAUAA